GCGAAAUUGUCAACAUAUAUUAACGCUGAAUCCUUUAGACACAGCCCUUGAGGAUGAUCAAUCUAUUUGACGCUUUCACAAGUUAGCUCCGUAACAAUUUCCCAGUGUCGAUAGCAGUUCAAUUAAAUAGCUGCGUGAAGCCCAGAUAUAGCUCGUGGCGCAGCAAUGGUAGCAUCUAUUUCUCAACCAACCAUUCCACGCAAUGUCCUCAUUAUAUCUUAGUUGUGAUCUCCUACAAAGUGUUAUUGACGCUCAUGGCGGCCGAGAAUACUGGGAAUCGAUCCAGUCUCUCGCCGUAGAGUUUGAGUUCUCGGGAGCAGCGUUGGCGAAUAGGGGACAUCCUGGGCCUCAUGAUGUCAAAAUAUUAGUCGAUACAAAAAGCCAAAAAGUCACCAUUGAGAAAUUUGGGCCCUAUUACGGAUCAUGGUCAACCGAGCGCACUGAAGUCGCCAGGAUUGGUUCUCAAGAUCCGUUGGAUGUUCGAGAGAACCCCAGGGCUGCAUUCGACUCACAUACUUAUGAAUCCAAAUGGGAUGCCCAUAAUCUUAUAUAUUUCAUCGGCUAUGCAUAUUGGAACUAUUUCAACUUUCCGUUCCAUCUUCAAUCGUCGGACAUUCAGAUCCGCGAGGUAGAUGGAUCGACGCCGGAGAAUGGCGAAAAAUGGAGAACGCUGGAGGUUGUGCAUUCUGACGGAUAUCCUACACACACAAAGGUCCAGAAAUUCGAUUUUGAUGCCAGAUAUCGGCUGCGACGCAUGCAAUAUAGCGUGGAUGUAAUGAAGCAAGGACCCCCGGUGUGGCAUACCUGCUACAACCAUACAGUCUCCGGGAAAUACCUUUACCCAACUCUACGAGUUGUGAAUGUAACUGUUCCAGAUAUAUCCUUUUUUUCUCCCUUCGUUUUGAAUCACAUCAAGGUGGAACCCCAGCAUUCUUAG